AACCACAGAACCACAAGUUGGGUAGGCUGGCAGUGUCAGAAGACUGCGCCCGGCGUAGUGGUCAGCAAGCAGGACGAAUCACACUGACUGCAAACCACAGGGUUUCGCAGAGUGGUGAGCAUCACCAACCCACAGCCAAGACGCCGCUUUCUUUCUUUCUUUCUUUCUUUUUUUUUUUUUUUAAAUCUUGAACAAUUUGAAUAUUUGUUUUCACAAAGGUACAUUUUUCAGAGGGCUCAGGGAGCCCCAGAGGUGAAAGAAAUCAUUGAAUCCCCCGCCUUCAGAAGAGGGUGCAUUUUCAGGAGGAAGCGAUGGCUUCAGACAGCAUAUUUGAGUCAUUUCCUUCAUACCCACAGUGCUUCAUGAGAGAAUGUGUACACGGAAUGAAUCCAUCUAGAGAUGUUCACGAUGCCAGCACGAGCCGCCGCUUCACGCCGCCUUCCACCGCGCUGAGCCCGGGCAAGAUGAGCGAGGCGCUGCCGCUGGGCGCCCCGGACGCCGGCGCCGCCCUGGCCGGCAAGCUGAGGAGUGGCGACCGCAGCAUGGUGGAGGUGCUGGCCGACCACCCCGGCGAGCUGGUGCGCACGGACAGCCCCAACUUCCUCUGCUCCGUGCUGCCCACGCACUGGCGCUGCAACAAGACCCUGCCCAUCGCUUUUAAGGUGGUGGCUCUGGGGGAUGUCCCCGAUGGCACUCUAGUCACUGUGAUGGCUGGCAAUGACGAAAACUACUCAGCUGAAUUGAGAAAUGCCACCGCAGCCAUGAAAAACCAAGUUGCAAGAUUCAAUGACCUCAGGUUUGUCGGUCGGAGUGGAAGAGGGAAGAGCUUCACUCUGACCAUCACCGUUUUCACCAAUCCACCCCAAGUUGCCACUUACCACAGAGCCAUCAAAAUCACAGUGGAUGGACCCCGAGAACCUCGAAGACAUCGUCAGAAACUAGAUGAUCAGACCAAGCCCGGGAGCUUGUCCUUUUCCGAGCGGCUCAGUGAGCUGGAGCAGCUGCGGCGAACAGCCAUGAGGGUCAGCCCACACCACCCAGCCCCCACACCCAACCCUCGGGCCUCCUUGAACCACUCCACUGCCUUUAACCCUCAGCCUCAGAGUCAGAUGCAGGACACAAGGCAGAUCCAACCAUCCCCACCGUGGUCCUACGAUCAGUCCUACCAGUACCUGGGAUCGAUCGCCUCACCUUCUGUACAUCCAGCAACACCCAUCUCACCUGGACGGGCCAGCGGCAUGACAACCCUCUCUGCAGAGCUUUCCAGUCGACUCACAACGGCCCCCGACCUGACGGCCUUCGGCGACCCACGCCAGUUCCCUGCGCUGCCCUCCAUCUCAGACCCUCGCAUGCACUACCCCGGAGCCUUCACCUACUCCCCGACGCCCGUCACGUCGGGCAUUGGCAUCGGCAUGUCGGCCAUGAGCUCGGCCACGCGCUACCACACGUACCUGCCGCCGCCCUACCCUGGCUCGUCGCAGGCACAGGGCGGCCCCUUCCAGGCCAGCUCGCCCUCCUACCACCUGUACUACGGCGCCUCGGCUGGCUCCUACCAAUUCUCCAUGGUGGGCGGCGAGCGUUCGCCACCGCGCAUCCUGCCGCCAUGCACCAACGCCUCCACGGGCUCGGCGCUGCUCAACCCCAGCCUCCCGAACCAAAGCGACGUGGUGGAGGCUGAGGGCAGCCACAGCAACUCGCCCACCAACAUGGCACCCGCUGCGCGCCUUGAAGAGGCUGUGUGGCGGCCCUACUGAGGGCCCCGCGGCAGCCCAGCGGGAGGAGCGCCCCUGCCCAGGCCCAGCCUAUGCUCUGGAGAGCCCAUGGGUAUGGGGUCCGUGGCCGGCACUGCGGAGGGGGCGCGCCCUUGCCAACCGGGUUCUGGGAUCUCACUCUGCUCCGCACCCGCGAUCACCCCCACCCCGGCCCUGGGGCACUCGGGCCCCCUGGCCACCUGCACCCCGAGGCCAUGCGAAGCGCCAUUGCUGUGGGCCCGGCUCACCUUUUCCGAACCUGACCCAACAGGAGGGUGUCCGCUUCACCACCACGUGGACACGUCGUAAGGCAAACAGGAAGAUUCCCGGAGGGAAACUGUGAAUGCUUCUGAUUUAGCGAUGCUGUGAAUAAAAGAAAGAUUUUAUACCCUUGACUUCACUUUUUAACCAAGUUGUUUAUUCCAAAGAGUGGAAUUUUGGUUGGGGUGGGGGCGGGGAAUGCAACUCCUCUUGUUUGGUAUCUAAUUUGUAUUUUUUAGUUUUCUUUUCCAGCACCUUAUAAAUUGCAAAGUGCAUAUUUGCAUUUGGGGUGGUUUUUAUAUAUAUAUAUAUAUAUAUAUAUAUAUAUAUAUAUAUAUAUAUUAAAAAAUUGAGCUUGCUUCUUUCUUGCUUUGACAAUUGAAAGAAAUAUGAUUCCUUUUUUCUGUAAGUUUUAUUUAACUUUUCUUUUGGACUUUCGUGUAGUUGUUCUUUUGAGAAACAGCUACAGCUUUGGGUCAUUUUCAACUACUGUAUUCCCACAAGGAAUCCCUAGAUAUUUAUGUAUCUUGUUGUUUAGACACUUACUUAUGUGUUGAUACUUUUUUAUUAUUUAAAUGUACUUAUAUUAAGAAGAAAAAUAUCAAGUACUACAUUUUUGUUUUUGAUAGUAGCCAAAGUUAAAUGUAUCACAUUGAAGAAGGCUGGAAAAAAAGGAUGAGCAAUGUGAUGACUUGGUUAUCUAAAUAUUGUUUACAUUAAACUCCCUUUCAUGUUAAUCAAA